AUGAACUGGGGAAGCGAGGGAGAGCGGCAUGAGGAACGUCUGCGACAGUACGCUUUGGUCAUGGUACACGACAAUGAUCCGGUGAUAUACAAUAGCGAGCGCAGCCUGAGUUUUACCCAUGACCAGCCGUUCUUUACGGUGCAGUCUGAUGGUACAAUAAUUCUCAAGGAGGAACUCACUACACAAAUAGCUUUCAAACCAAUUCGAAUGGAAGUUCUUGCCAUCGACUACGGCAGCCCGCAACUGUUCACUCUCGCAAAUGUCACCAUUGUCCCAGUUACAGUAUCACCGGUGCGAGGAUUGCGUGUGAAUGUCGCUACUGAAGAGUAUCAGAUUUUUGAGUGGGAAUCACCUUCAUACGGUCAUCCAGAAAAGUAUCGGCUGACUAUUGCUAGAGGCGAGAGUAUGCACUAUGAGGAGGAGCUUGAUGCCAGGCGAACAGUGGCCCUCACCAAGGUAGCGAUCUCACCAUCGGGUAACUUCACUUUCAAGGUGUCAGCAUUGGACGCCAACGGGGAAACGCCCAGCGAAUGGCAGCGUUUUACCGUAUUCCAGAACGAUUUGUCGUGUGAUGGCGACUGCUCCUCUGGAGGUGUUCCGUUGUGCUACUACGGCGCGUUUAACCGUCUCGAGCAGUUUGUGGAUAGUCGUGGCGCUCAUUGUCAGUGCUUUCAUGGAUUCGUUGGCGUUGGUUGCGACAAAACUGACAACUGUCAACCGGAAAAGACUGUGGACAGCUAUGGAGGACUGGAUUGGAGGGAAGCGUCAGCCAAUGCUACUGUUCAAGUGCCUUGUCCAUAUAACACAGAAAGCGACAAGCAGAAAGUGGAGCGAGCCUGUGAGUGGAACAAACAACUGGGCAGAGCUGUAUGGGCUCGCCAAAAAGAGAAGGACAAAUGCAAACCACAGGCGUCUGUCCUGACUCAUCUGGGCAUGCUCGGUACUUUUGCCCUUAAUGCGAACGGAGUUUCGACCAUUCAUACUGUAGCCAGAUUCAUUCGCGAUCUGCUCACCGUGCCUGCAUUUUCGACCGACCCUACCAUCACUGCUCAUUUCGAUCAGAAAAUUGCCGAACAAGCGGCUCUCGUCAUCGACUCUGUUCUCCAGAUUGACUUCGACUCACUUCAGGGGAAUACCACAUUGGCAAAGACUGAGAUGUGGUCAAUCUUGUCAGAAUUUUCCACGCGGCUGCCAUCGCCUUUCACCCUGGUCUCGCCAGAUCUUGGACUCCAUCUGAAAGCGAUGCAAUGGGUGAAGGACAGUGAGAAUUUCGACACUGUACUUGGUACCAAAUGUCGUGUGAAGCUGCCGACCAUCGACUCGGACCAUAUCGUGAGAAGCAUAUGCAUGGCCAAUGCCUCAUUGUUCGACGUAAUCAGUUCACAAAAUCCGGUCCUCUCACUGAAAUUGGACACGCUUGAGCACGUCUAUUUCAAUAAAAUGACCAUCAUGUUGAAACCGAAGGAUUUUCGACACAAUUACACUUGCGUCUAUUUCGAUUCAGCCGAAGGAGGCUGGUCGACACGAGGGUUACGCCGAAUCGAUACCAACUAUCACGGGUUUGUUAAAUGUGAGGCGAACCACAUGGGCGUGUUUUCACUCUUACCGGAGAGCUAUUUCUUUGACGACGAUGAUGCGAUGCGAGAUUUGGGCGUGCUGUUGCCUACGGUAACUACGUUCAUCUCGAUGAUAUGCUCCAUCUUCUUGCUUUUCAUGGCAGCUGUGCAAAAGUGA